AUGGACGCCGCGGGUGGGAGAGGGGCGCGGGCCAGGCGGGGGACGCGUUCCACAGCUCCGCGGAGCCGGGGCAGGGAGAAGGGCGCAGCCCGAAGUCCCUCGCGGGGCCGCGUCGCGGGUGAAGGCUCGAGCGCCAUCGCGACCCUCCGGACACCGCGCACGGACGGAGCCCCGGCCCGGGGCGGCCGCUCGGCGCGGCGAGCCCCCGCUGCCCGGGAGCCGCCAGCGGGCGGGGCGGCGGGAGGCGCAGAGGCGCCCCCCGCCCCGCGGAGCAGGGCACCGGCCGCCAGAGUCCCCGCGGCCCCGGGGAGCGACGCGGCUGUGCCCGACGGGGCGGUCGCUGCCGCCGGCCGUCGCCCCCCGCCGGCGGCAGACGCCUUGCGGCUCCGGGAGGUGCUGUCGCGGCUCAGCCUGCUCCGCGAAGACGUGUCCGAGGCUUCGACACUGGUGAACGACGUGGUCCGGCAACUGGUCCAGGCCAUCCGCGACAAUGAGAGCUGCUUCAGCUCCAUGGAGCAGCAGAACGCCGGCAGCUACUACGAGCGCGUCAAGAUAUCUGAACCAAAUGAGUUUGACAUCAUGCUUGUAAUCCCUAUAAAACAGAAUGCAAAUGGUUCUGCAAGGCUUCAGCUGGAUGAGUCUGAUGAUACUGGAGCCUUUUAUUAUGUAUCAUUCAAAAGGAGUCCAAUAGAAAGGAGUUGGUUGAAGUUCUUAGAGGAAGAUGGAAAAUUAUCAGCCUCUAAAAUGAUUCAAGCACUAAGAGACAUUAUUAAACAGGAAGUAAGAAACAUUAGAAACAUUAGAGUCACUGUGGCAAGGAAGAAGGCUGGAAGCCCUGCAAUAACUCUUCAGAUCAAAAAACCUCCAUUAGAAAUAUCAGUGGACAUCAUCUUGACUUUGAAGUCUCAGCAGAGCUGGCCCCCCAGCACACAGGCUGGCCUCAAAAUUGAACAGUGGCUGGGAACAAAAAAGAGGAGGGAUUUCAGAUUAAACUCAAUUUAUUUAGUAGCCAAGCAAAACAAAAGAGAAAAAGUUCUAACAGGGAACACCUGGCGACUCUCCUUCUCACAUAUUGAAAAGGAUAUGAUACAGAACCAUGGCAACUCAAAGACGUGCUGUGAAUCCAAUGGACCAAAGUGCUGUAGGAAAGGUUGUCUUAAGCUGCUGAAGUUUCUUCUAGAGCAACUUAAAAGGAAAUAUCCAAAAGAAUUGGAAAAAUUCUGUUCCUAUCAUGUCAAAACUGCUUUUCUCCACUCCUGUGUCAUGUGGCCAAAUGACACAGACUGGUACUUGGGAAACUUGGAUCAUUCCUUUCAGCAAUGUUUGGGAUUUUUUGUGGAUUGCCUGCAAAAGUCUCAGCUGACUCACUUUUUUAUUCCCCAAUACAACUUACUCAGCCAAGAAGAUAAGGCAAGACAUCAUUUCCUUUCAAGAAAAAUAAGUUAUGAAUUGAACAAUGGUUUCCCAGUAUUUCAUGAGAAUUAUUAAGAACACUGUUCACAACAGAUAUCUAAUCACGUUGACUUUACAUAUGUGAAACAAAAAACUCUGCAAUAUAAAUGACUCUUCAGUAGUCUGUACUACAAAACCCAAAACAAAAUAAAACGAAGAUCACUAAGAGAAAAAUCUAUACUUCAGUCACACUGCUUAGCCAUAACCCUUAAAAGAAACAUUUUAAGUAAUAUUUACCUUGCCUAUCCAAAUGUAGAUGUCGCCUGCAAAACAUCGUCAAGGUAUACUAAGAACAUAGAGAAGAAUUUGCAAUAGGUAAUUUCCCACAUGCAAUUUCUGUGUUUCUAAAUACAAAGGCAUCAAAGACUGCAUAAAGGAAAAACUGACAAUUUUAUUUAAAAUUGGGAUCCACUGCAGAAUAUCCAAAAUACACUCCUACUUUCAAAAGAAAAAAAAAGUCCCUGGAGUUACUUUGACAUUAACCAGAAAAACUUCUCCAGAUUAUCCGGGUGGAUAUGAAGAUCUUUUGCAGAAGACAAUCACCAGCAAUAGUUACCAGAGAGAGAAUAUUGUACCUGAAUAAUAUGAAGUUGCUGAAGUAACUUAUCCUUUCUGAGCCUUAGAAUUACUUUAGAAAUCAGUCUUUUCAUUGAGCUUUAAAUAGGAAACAAUCAUUACCUAAUAUGCUGCAACAGAGUAAUGGUUUUCUGCCAAUGAGCAUUUAUUUGUAUGAUAAUCAUGUAGAAAGAAAUGCAUCUUUCAACCUGUAUCAAAGAAGAAGACUCUUGAUAUAAAAGGUUUCCAAAACCAAAAUGCAGCAUGAACUGGACACUCCUGAAACUGAAGUUCAUAUCAAUUUUUCUCAUAUCGAAGAAAUGUGUGUUAGGAAAAAAAUUUAUAAUAAUUCCUAUUACUAAAAUUGUGCAGGUGAGAAGUACACAGCAUUUGAGAACUGCUGUGCUGCAAAUAAAUACAUCUUUUGCUUCUACUUAUAGAAGCCAUGGGAAGUCCAUAUUUUUCACCUACUUUUUGAAGGCAAAAUAACCUAUUGGAUUGAAUAAUGCCCAGAUUUACCUCAAUUAUGAGCAAAUUAAGAGGAAAGAAU